AUGGGGUGCCAAGAGCAAGAGAAAGAAUUAUUUAGACAAGAGUUUGAAGCUGCCAUGAGAACAGUGAAAGAGGAACUAAUAAUAGGAGCUGAUAUGAAUGGCAGGGUGGGAAAGAGAAGAGAUGGGUAUGAGGAGGUACAAGGAAGCCAUGGGUUUGAAAUUAGAAAUGAAGAUGGGGAUUAUUUAUUGGAGAUGGCUCAGAGUUUUGAAUUGGUCUGUAUGAACACAUGGUUUCAAAAGUUAGAUAAGUUCUUGAUAAGUUAUGAAAGUGGAGGAGUGCAGAGCCAAAUAUAUUACAUCCUAGUUAGAGGAGCCAACAAAAGCAAUGUGACCAGCUGCAAAGUGAUGUUGGGAGAAGUUUGUGUUAAACAGCUUAGGUUGGUGGUGAUGGACUUUAAAAUGAGAGGUAGGAAACCCAAGAUGAGAAAGAGAAGAUCUAGAAUGAUGAUGGGACCUUAA